GCUAGCCGCGGACUGCAGGCUCCAGGACACAGCAGGAGGAUCCAUCCAUCCAGAGGUACGUCUAGUUAGGCGUCAAGCUCUCGUGUCAACACAAAGGCUACCUUUAGUUUCGUCCAGGAGAAGCACAAGCAAGCAAACUCUAGCUUCUUGCGGCCAGUUGAGGGUUCAAGGAGCUGCAGUGUCUGCAUCGUUGCUUCGCUAGCUCGCAGGAGAAAUUAAAGAAUGUUGCGCGAGAGAUGGCAGUGGCAGGGAUGCAUUUUCAUUCUCGUCCUGCUUCUUCUCUCCAACACAUCAGCGUCAGGCACUUCUCUGGAGGAGAAGGACAACACGAUCCUCCCGUCAAAUUCUCCAUCAGACUUCGCGAGAAUCCUGCAAUCUAAGCAGACCAGGCAAGCGCGGGUGUGCAGCGGAGAAGACCACCGGCUGCUGCGCUCCCUCGCCAACACCGGAGCGGAGGUCAUGGUCACCAUCCCCAACUCACAUCUGCAGCACAUGGCCGAGUUCCAGGAGGAGGCCCGGCUCUGGGUCGCCGCCAACGUGGCGCCGUUCCUCCCGGCGACCAUGAUCACGCACAUCCUGGCGGGAGGCGACGCCCUGUCGUCCGUUUCCCCCGGGGACGCCGCCUACUCGCUGGUCCCCGCCAUGCUGAACCUCCACGCCGCCCUCGUCGCCGCCGGACUUGACGGCCGCGUCAGGGUGUCUACCACGCUCUCCGCGGUGCCACUCGCCCCGUCUUGGUCCGCCGGCAUCGCCGGGCGUGUCCUGCGGUUCCUGGGGGAGACCGGCUCGCCAUUGUUCCUCCUCAAAGCUCACGCGUCUGAGGCCACCGCAGAAGCCAAAGUCGGCAACUCAUACGCCGCGAUGCGGGCGCUGGGCUUCUCCAGCAUCCCGCUGAUCACGGCGGAGUCGGCGGAGCUCGGUCUCACUGGGGCGCUGGUGUACCACAGCUACUUGUAUGGCCGUCGUCCUGGCGGUGGCGGGAGGCGGUCGCUGGCGACAGGGACGUUCUGCGUGGCGCUCCAGAACGCAGACCCGACGGCCCUGCAGGCAGGCCUGAGCUGGGCGUGCGGGCAGGGCCAGGCCGACUGCUCCGCAGUGCAGCCCGGAGGGGCUUGCUACAAGCAGAACAACGUGGCGGCGCUGGCCUCCUACGCCUACAAUGACUACUACCAGAAGAGCGCCAGCACCGGCGCCACCUGCUCCUUCAACGGCACCGCCACCACUACUGCCACUGAUCCCAGUUCAGGAUCGUGCAUCUUCGCAGGAAGCACGAUGGCAGGAGGCUCCACCUCUAACUCGAGCGUGCCAAGUGCCAGCCCUCCGACGAGCCUGGGCGCCCCUCCGUCAGACAAUCUCACUCCUCCAGUCAGCUCAAGCCCUCCGUCCGACUUUGGCCCCCCGGCAGCCGACACGGCCCCUCCGACGAGCCUGGGCGCCCCUCCGUCAGAUGAUCUCACUCCUCCAGUCGGCUCAAGCCCUCCGUCCGACUUUGGCCCCCCGGCAGCCGACACGGCCCCUCCGACGAGCUUUGACGCUCCUGCAGGUGGCUUCGGACCACCGUCUGGCUUCGGUCCCCCGUCUGUGUUCGGCAGCCCGCCAUCGACGUUUGGCCCGCCUGGGAGCUUAAACGGGAGCGGGAGCUUCGGGCCGAGCAGCACCCUCGAGCCUUACGGCGUCGGGUGCCGCCAUGUCACCUCCUUGGCUGUCUCCACCCUUCUCUCCGCCAUUGUUCUCGCCCUUCUUUGCGCGUCACCCGAUCUAAUGUAAAUUUUCCGAGUGUGAAUUUGGAUUAGCUAUACAGAGCUAACACUGUCGUUAGCUAUUACUAUUACAUCGUAUGUUCUUGGUCUUGUAGAUGUCAGAUUCAAUGUUUAGGAAUCGUAUCGUAUGUAUAUAUAUAUAUAUGAUUUGCAGA